AUGCAACACAUAACAGUUUGUAUCUUCUUCACCAUAUGUGUAUUACGCGCACAUUCUUUUGAAUGCGUCACUUGUAAUGCUAAUGUUGGUGACAAUGAUGCAGAUGACUGUUUUGAAACAGUUGAAAAAUGUGAAGAAGGAGUCGAAAGUUGUUCUAUGGUAACUUACGUGUCAAAAUCAGAUAACAAAUUACACAUAAGAAAGUUUUGCACUUCUCCUGGUACUCCGAUAUACCAGUACUUGUUGUUUUUCCCUGGCAGUGCUUUGUGCCAAAAUAUCGAGACUGUAAGUUGAAUUCGCUAUUGCCCAUCCAACCUUCGCAUCAUUGUUUUUAACUAAAUUAAAAUUAAAAGGUGGCGACUUGGAAAACACCUUACUUCAAACGUCAUUAAUUUAAAAUUUUUUCAGGGCCGUGACUUGGAAUUUCCUAAAAAUAUAAACAAAGACUUAUUAUCCGAAGAAAUAUUUCCGCCAUCUGCAGUACCAGAAGAUCUAGAACAUGUACUACCAUUAGUAGAAAAUGAAAGUAACGUUCCAGAAGAAGUGGAACUGCAAAGCGAAAAUACCACUUUUCCAGAACCCCCGACUAAAUUAUUGAGGGAUGAGAAGAGGAAAUUAUUUGGUCCGCCCAGUAUUCGACCAGAUGAAACAGCACUUCUGACUCGUGCUAAACGAGUACGAAGAGAAGCUGGUCCACCAGCACCGCCUACUGAACAGGUUUGAAUUGUUAUAAUUAUUACAUUUUUGGUCUUUUCUAUUGAAAAAUAAAUUUGUUCUUAUUGUUAGAGAAAAAAUUUUUUUUUGGUUGUUUAGGUAACAAACCAAAGAAUUUUGAUGUAUUUUUAAUCUAUUGUUAAAAAAAUUUUUUUUUCAGAGGUCAAGUUUGUUGUGUGUGUGUUCAACUGAACGUUGUAAUAGCGGAUCAGCUGAAACAGUUUUGUCGCGAUCCAUGUUCAGUAAUCUGCCAUUCACGAUGAACACGGUCAGACUUCCGAUUGAUGAUGCGACUUUACAAAAUGUGGCACGACGCUAG